GCUGUGCCAUCGACAAUUUUAGCUUUCUAUUUUUUACAACUCCAUACUAACAACCAACAUGGCUGCUACAAAAUCUCUAAUCGCCUUGAUACUAGCGAUUGCUUUCGAAGUUGCCGUGGCCUGUAAUGGUUACAAGGCUAGAAUUGUUAAAAUGGAAAAUUGUGCUGGACCUAAUGCAGUCAUCACGCUGGAUGAAAAUUUUUCCGUGAAACUCAAUAAGAAAUGUGAAAUUGUGCCUACAGGUUGUGUAAUGAACAAGGCCUUCGCUACAGCUAAUGCCAAGAUGAAAAUGCAAAAGGAUGGCAUCGUCUUAAAAGAGGGAAGUUUCGACCUGUGUGCUGCGGCUGAACAUGUUCCGAACGAGGCAAAGGAUAUGAUGAAACUCUUCGGCGCACCAGCUAGUUGUCCAGUUCCAGAGGAGAAAAUCUGCGCCAACGAGCACCGUGUUGACUUGUCGAAAUAUAAGGCAAUGUUGGGCAUGGCCAAAGGCAACAUUGUCAUCGAUGCGGAUAUAACUCACGAUACUGGUAAAUCGUGCUUCCACAUUGAAAUGGAGAUUUCGAAGGGCUAAGGCAGUUGCUGCAGUGAAGUACAAUAACAAAAUACUUUAUAAUGUUUAUUGAUCUUCAUUAAAAAAAAUUGUAAUUAAAUGUAUCCAAUCUAGCACCCAUCUCUAAUAAAACAAUUAUACAUGCAUGUGAA